AAGAAGUUUUUUUGACCACACCCCACCUCCAAUGAAUAAACAGAAGAGUAGUAGUGAUGAUUAAGGCUGCACAUGUAUCUCUUUCACAAACAACUCAUCACAAUUUAUUACUAAUAUUUGACACUAUCUACCCCAACCCAAAACUCUUCUAUCAAUAUCCCAUCAUCCAUUUUGUCAUUUCAUCAAUGGAGUAACACAGCAGCCCCAUCCCUGAUUCCUCCAAAUUCUUCCAAGAUUCACACACACACACCAAUCCCCUCACAUUUCUCUCAUAUCCGCCAAGAAAAGCAACAAUGGUGGGAGAAUCCUCAGAUCAAAUCACAGCCCCUCUCAUAUCAAGACCUGAGAAGGAAUAUGAACAUUAUUCCAGCCCGGAAUCCAGCAGUUCCCAGGUCAACGAGGAGCCUGGAGAGAACUCACCAAUCAAGCAAGUCGCCCUCACGGUUCCCACCACGGACGAUCCAACUCUGCCCGUUCUCACCUUCAGAAUGUGGUUCUUGGGCACACUCUCCUGCGUUCUCCUCUCAUUCCUCAACCAGUUCUUCUGGUACCGCACCGAGCCCUUGUCCAUCACGGCGAUUUCCGCGCAGAUAGCGGUGGUGCCGCUGGGGCAGCUGAUGGCCGCCAAGAUCACCGACCGCGUAUUCUUCAGAGGCACGCGAUGGGAAUUCACGCUGAAUCCAGGGCCAUUCAAUGUGAAGGAGCAUGUUCUUAUCACCAUUUUCGCCAACUCCGGCGCCGGCACCGUUUACGCCAUCCACGUUGUGACUGCAGUCAAGGUGUUUUACAAGCAGCACAUCAGUUUCUUUGUUUCCCUGAUUGUCGUCAUCACAACUCAGGUGCUGGGGUUUGGAUGGGCUGGGAUUUACAGAAGGUAUUUAGUGGAGCCAGCAGCCAUGUGGUGGCCUGCCAAUUUGGUUCAAGUCUCACUCUUCAGGGCUCUCCAUGAGAAAGACGAGCGACCUAAGGGCGGGGUGACACGAACUCAGUUCUUCAUUAUUGCCUUCAUCUGCAGCUUUGCUUACUACAUAUUCCCCGGCUAUCUCUUUCAAAUGUUAACCUCUCUUUCAUGGAUAUGUUGGAUCUUUCCCAAGUCAGUGAUAGCCCAACAACUCGGGUCGGGCCUCAAAGGACUCGGAAUUGGAGCCAUCGGCCUCGACUGGUCCACCAUUUCCUCCUACCUUGGAAGCCCAUUGGCAAGUCCUUGGUUCGCCACUGCCAACGUAGCUGUUGGAUUUUUCUUUGUUAUGUAUGUUGUCACUCCACUCAGCUACUGGCUCAACAUCUAUGAAGCCAAAACCUUCCCCAUAUUCUCCGACGAUCUCUUCACCAGCUCGGGCCAGAUUUACAACAUUUCUAGCAUCAUCGACCUGAAUUUCCACCUUGAUGCCGCAGCGUAUCAGCGCGAAGGCCCUCUUCAUCUAAGCACGUUUUUCGCCAUGACGUAUGGUGUUGGAUUCGCUGCGCUAAGCGCCACCGUCAUGCAUGUGCUUCUGUUUCAUGGGAGAGAAAUAUGGGAGCAAAGCAAAUCGAGUUUUAACCAAAAGAAAAUGGACAUACACACAAAACUGAUGAGCAAAUAUAGGCAAGUACCGGAGUGGUGGUUUUGGUGCAUUCUUGUGGCAAACGUUGCGCUUACUAUCUUUGCCUGUGAAUACUACAAGGAGCAACUUCAGCUGCCUUGGUGGGGUGUUAUACUAGCCUGCGUGAUCGCUAUAUUCUUUACUCUUCCAAUUGGUAUCAUUACGGCUAUUACUAACCAGUCACCGGGGUUGAACAUUAUCACCGAGUACAUAAUUGGAUACAUAUACCCUGGAUACCCGGUUGCAAACAUGUGCUUCAAGGUCUAUGGCUACAUUAGCAUGACGCAGGCAAUCACGUUCCUUCAAGACUUCAAGCUUGGACAUUACAUGAAAAUCCCACCAAGAAUGAUGUUCAUGGCACAGGUGGUAGGAACUCUUAUAGCUGGUUUCGUUUACUUGGGAACAGCAUGGUGGUUAAUGGAAACCAUCCCGGACAUCUGCGACAAAUCCUCUGAUAGCGUCUGGACGUGCCCAGGUGAUCAUGUUUUCUAUGAUGCAUCCGUGAUUUGGGGUCUGAUCGGCCCACGAAAGAUUUUUGGAGACCAAGGCACUUAUGGAAUGGUGAAUUGGUUUUUUCUCGGAGGAGCCAUAGCUCCUCUGUUGGUGUGGUUGGCAACAAAGGCGUUCCCCAAUCAAGAAUGGAUUAGACUCAUCAACAUGCCAGUCUUAAUUGGGGCUUGCGGGCAAAUGCCACCAGCAACUGCCGUCAAUUACACGACAUGGAUUAUUGUCGGCUUUCUGUCUGGCUAUGUCGUGUAUAGGUACAGGCCAGAUCUGUGGCAGCGUCACAAUUACGUCCUCUCUGGAGCGUUGGACGCCGGUUUGGCCUUUAUGGGGGUUCUUUUGUACAUGUGUUUGGGCCUGGAGAACAUUAGUAUAGACUGGUGGGGAAAUGAUCUUGAUGGAUGCCCUUAUGCUUCCUGUCCUACGGCUAAGGGGAUAUUGUUUGAAAGCUGUCCUGUCAUAUCUUAACAUGAAGAAUUCAAGAGCUGAAUCUAUGAACUUGGAGAAAAAAUAUGUGCUUCUUUAUCAACAAAAUGAUGCAUAUAUAUUCAAUUGAAUUCAGAAAUUGUACAUGUUUCUAGUACAUUUGUUCUUUGCUGCUCAUUACGAGGUUCAAUGUGUUGUCUUAAUAAAUCUUCCGAAGAAACAAGAAACUUAACAUUGUUUUAGAACAGAUCAUAGAAAAGAGUUGGUUCUUGUAACUCUCAUUCUCUUUUGGCAGUGUUUGGCUGUAAUCUGCUUAUGAUCCUUGCAGAUUACUGACGGAUUUUCAUGUUUAUGAUCUAAAUUGAAGAAGAAAAAUAUGUUGCAGCC